AUGGGAUACUUAACGAAUGAUGAGUUCUUUACCAAGCUCACCGAGCUAUUUGACCAGAGGAAAGGCAAAGACCAUGGCUCUAUAAUCCUAGUACAGAAAAGAUUAUCCUACGAUCAGCCCCUGCCAGAAUCAACAAGCGAGACGAUAUUUCCCGAUCUACAUCCUCCGAAACCUAUGCCCGUACUCAUCAGAGCGACAAAUGCCAAAGGCAAAGAACGCCGCCAAGACAAGAUCAAGAUAUCGACCGUGGUUGAACCAGACUCACUUCCCGCCUUUUUUGACAAGUAUGCCGAGGUGUGCAAAUCCGGCAUGACUUCACUGAAGCCGAGAGACCGCAGCAAGAGAAAAGGAAAGGCUAAGAAGAAGAAGGGGGCAGCCGCAACCUCUGUUCCCUGA